AUGACCAAGGCCACUGAAGCUGGAUUGACUUUAUUUGCCGUGACGGCAGUAUAUUUUGCCUUAUAUAGUGGAGUUAUUCCCACUGGACAAAAGAUCCAUGAUGAGAUUCUCCCAUACUUGCCAUGGUGGGCCCUAGUGACUUUUGGAUCCUAUGCUUUGGCCACUUUGGGCUGGGGUGUUUUCACUUUCAAAGACAAGGAAGACAAGUACAAGGAGUUGUUGGUUCAAAUUGACGAGGCCAAGAAGUUCUACAAGUCCAAGGGUCUUGACUUGGAUUAG